AUGGCCAAUGAAGAAGAAGCAUCAUCCAAGCUUAAUCACCUGCGCUUUGAAUUCUUAUCACUCAACCAUUUUUACUACCAAGACGUGGUAACAGUGAGAAACAAAGGUCAAGUCCCUUUAACACUCGGAAACUUGAAACAACUUGAAUCACUCGACCUCUCACUUAACAAACUGAUAGGGGAGAUCCCUCCACAACUUGCAAGCCUCACUUUCCUUUCAGUCUUGAACCUCUCAUUCAAUCAACUAGAGGGGAUGAUACUAAGAGGCAACCAAAUCCAAACAUUCACAGAAGCUUCAUUCCAAGGGAAUAAAGGCUUAUGCAGGCCUCCGUUAAAUGCAAACUGCAUAGUUGAAGGCUUGUCACUACCAACAUUUGAAAUAAAUAAACAUUUGAAUUAUGGGUUUGAGAUUGAUUGGGAUAUCAUAAGUACUGAAAUUGGAUUUGUGGUUGGGUUGGGAAUCAUCAUAUGUUGGAAGGGUGUGACUUGCGACAAGGCAGGUCAUUUAACUGGUCUAGACUUGAACAGAAAAUCAAUCUCCGGUGGAAUCAACCACUCAAGUAUUCUUUUCAGCCUCCAGUUUCUUCAAAACCUGAAUUGGGCUCACAAUAACUUCACCUUCACACAAAUUCCACCAGGUUUCAGCAAACUUACCAGACUGACAUAUCUGAAUUUGUCAAAUGCAAAUGUUGCUGGGCAAAUUCCAAUUGAAUUGUUAUACAUGACAAAUUUGGUUACUCUUGAUUCGUCUACUCACUACUUCUCCAGAGUUCCAUCCCUGAAACUUGAAAACCCAAAUUUACUAACCCUUGUUCAAAACCUCACGGGCCUUAAACAACUCAUACUUGCCGGGAAUAAUCUGUCUGCUCUAGUUCUGGAGAUCUUUGCAGACUUGCCGAAUUUGAGAUCCUUGCAUCUCUACUUUUCCAGCUUGUAUGGAAAGGUUCUAGAAAAGAUAUUCCAAGUAUCAACGUUGGAGGCCCUUGACUUGUCAGAAAAUAGUUAUCUUUUGGGGCUUUUGCCACAGUUUCCUUCAAAUGGAUCCCUUCAUACCCUGGUGCUUAGCAACACAAAUUUUUCAGGGACAUUACCAGAUUCUGUUGGUAAUCUGAGAGUGUUGUCUAGAAUCGAGCUUUCAAGAUGCAAUUUCAGUGGACUAAUUCCAAAUUCCAUUGCAAACCUUACUCAACUUCUUUAUUUGGACUUGUCAUACAACAAUUUUACUGCUAUUGAAUUUUCUAAGGAAUCCUUGCCUUCAUUGGAUACACUAGAUUUGAGUAGAAGCAAAUUACAAGGAUCAAUUCACUCAUCUUUCUUUGAACUUCGAAGUCUAAAUGUCCUCAUGCUUUCUUUCAACAACUUCAGUGGCACCAUGCAGCUAGAAAUGAUCCAGAGGCUCCAAAAUCUCACAGAACUUGAGCUUUCAUACAAUAGCUUGUUAAUUGAUGCAAGUGAUAGUAAGGCGAGCUUGUCUUCCUUUCCCCAACUUGACAAAUUAAAAAUGGCUUCUUGCAAGCUGCAAAGAAUUCCUGAGCCACGGAACCAAUCAAGAAUGAUUAUUUUGGAACUCUCAGCCAACCAAAUUUUAGGGAGAAUAACAAACUGGAUUUGUAAAAUUGGAUCUCUGAUGCAGUUGAACGUCUCUCAUAAUCUCAUAGUAGAUAUGGAAAAACCAUAUAAAUUUCCUAGUCUUUUUGUCCUUGACGUGCAUUCUAACCAACUUCAUGGGGAAAUUCCAAUACCACCAGAGUUUGUUACGUAUGUGGAUUACUCUAGCAAUCAUUUCAACUCUUCUAUACUUGCUAAAACUGGCACAAGCUUACCUUUGCUUAUUUCUUCUCUCUUCAAGUAA